AUGGAGCAUGCCUGGGGCUCCUAUUUUACGGGGUCAAAACUUUGGUUCUAUUUCGUAUUCUGGGGCAUACACAUUGCUAUAUUUGCAGGAGGGUGGUAUGUGCAGGCAUCGGACUCCAGACUAGACGCUCUUAAUACGCUGGAGUAUUCGGUUUGCUUUUUCAACAUCGAGAAACACCAGACUAGGCCGGUGACGGCAGUGGAGAUACACUUCACAGAAGCAGGUGGUAUAACGGGCCACGUAAUGCUGUUUUGCAUGAUGUUGAUCUAUACCACUGCCCAUAAUAGAAUUCGUCAACAGUCAUUUGAGACUUUCUGGUACAUCCAUCACUUGUUUGUGCCGUUCAUGUUGGCCCUCUACACACAUGCCACGGGCUGCUUUGUUCGAGACACGGCCGACCCAAUCUCACCCCUUGACGGGGACAAGUUCUGGAGACACUGCCUUGGCUAUGAAGGAUGGAGAUGGGAGUUGGUUGGAGGUGGCCUUUAUCUUCUUGAGAGGCUCUAUCGCGAGGUCCGAGCCAGACGUCAAACUGUGAUAACGAAAGUUAUCCGUCACCCAUAUGAUGCAAUGGAGAUCCAGUUUCAGAAAGACAGCUUGAAAUAUAAAGCUGGACAAUGGCUCUUUAUCCAAGUGCCGGAGGUGUCGAGCUCGCAGUGGCAUCCGUUCACGAUAACCUCCUGUCCCUUUGAUCCCUAUAUCAGUGUCCAUGUUCGUCAAGUGGGAGACUUCACCCGCGCCCUGGGUGACGCUCUGGGAUGUGGACCAGCACAGGCCCGUGAUCUAGAAGGUCUGGAUCCCCUGGGAAUGUACGAAGUUGCUCUCCAAAAUGGACAAAAGAUGCCCAGUCUCCGCGUUGACGGCCCUUACGGAGCGCCUGCUGAAGAUGUCUUUGAGAACGAAAUUGCCGUUUUGAUUGGUACUGGCAUCGGUGUCACACCGUGGGCCUCCAUCCUGAAGAACAUCUGGCAUCUUCGGUCAGGCCCUAACCCGCCUCGACGUCUCCGUCGUGUCGAAUUUAUUUGGGUCUGCAAGGAUACCUCCUCGUUUGAAUGGUUCCAGGCUCUCUUAUCCUCUUUGGAAUCCCAGUCAGCCGCCGCCGCCGCAAGCGAGGGACGGGCUGAGUUCCUGCGCAUUCACACCUACCUCACACAGCGACUGGACGACGACACUGCAGCUAAUAUCUACUUGAACUCCGUGGGCCAGGAUCUCGACCCCCUGACUGAAUUGAGAAGUCGGACGAACUUCGGUCGUCCGGAUUUCAAGCGCCUCUUCACUGCUAUGUGUGAGGGACUGCAGGAUCAAACCUAUAUGGCUGGUUUAUAUGGAAGCUUGAACCGGACUGAAAUCGGGGUGUAUUUCUGCGGGCCGAAUUCAGCGGCCAGACAGAUCCGGGAGGCUGCCGUCACGACGUCAACCAAGGAUAUCAAGUUCAAGUUCUGGAAGGAACACUUCUGA